UGAAGUAUAUCGAUGAGGAAGAUGGAACCCAGAACAGUGGAAGUUACAUCAUGCAUACUUCCUCUUGGAGAUGAUCUUGGAAGAAGGAAUUGUUGCUAGCCUUUUAUAGAUGGUCAUUCCAUUGGUUGAUGCUUGUGCCACAAGCAUAAGAUCCAUUAUCAUCUGAUCAUUGGAACACAUGUUGCAUCAUUGUACGAUGCAAAUCCUUAAAUAAAAUGAUGCAAAUUCUUAAAUAAAUUUUCUCCCUGCUAAAGUCAGCAUUACCCCGCACCUUCACAUGGGCCUGGGUAUCAUGUGUCGACCGGCUAGAGACGCCCUGACAGGUGACCGUACAUUGUCUGGUAAUGUCAUUGAAUGUUACUUAAACGACACUUAAAUGUACACCAACAUGUGCAUAAAAAGAUGGGCACACUUGAUGGUAGAGGUAAUGUUGCAUUAGCGAAAGGUCCUGGGAUCUCUCUAGAGCCUGGUUUUAGUGUUAACAAAAAAAGAAAAAGGUUUUGGUGUUGACUAAAAAAAAUAAAAUUCCUAAAAAUGUGCAUGGCUGGAGCUUUAACCGAUGGCCUGUCAAUCAUGUGCGUCCACUCUACUGCUUAGGCAAUUUGGCUUAAAUGAUAAAAAAUUGGAAGACACUUCUAUAAUAAGUGUCAGUACAAUAUUCAAUGUCAAUGACAUCAUCUGAGACGUACGAUCAAGUGUCAGGGCUGUGUCUAGCCUUACCGAUCGUGUCUAAGUGUCGACAUGUAAUACCAAAGCUGCUGUGAAGGUCGGGGUAACACCGUUUUCUUUUUAUCAACAUCAAAACUAGGUUGGCGAGAGAUUGGAUCCUAGGAACUUUUGAUAAGACAAUGUUUGCUUCUACCAUCAAGUGUGCCUAUCUUUUUAUGCACAUGUUGGUGAAUGUAUUUUAUAUAACCUUUUAUAAAUUGAAAAGUCAAACAUAUAAUAAUGCUCGACUAGGGAAUCGAAUCCUAGAUGUCUCUCCCUUGUGACUUGAAAAGGCGCAGCUACCAUUUUUAUGUUACUUAUGUUGUUGUAAUAUAAAAUACUUAUGGAAUAAUACAUAUUAUGAACGUGACAGGGAAGUACAGGGUUUCUGGUCCUAUGUAUUAGACACCUAGACGCCUACUAAAUACCGAGGCCUGUGUUGGUGUCCUUGUAGCACUGGCUAAAGUUAGCUGUUCCUAGGAAAACCAUCUGACCUCCACUUUUUAGACCCAUGAGCACAUUUAGGUGCUGAUACCUUUUUAUAGCAAUUCAGUUCUAGCUAGUAACUGAGUUUGAAAUAUGAAUUUCUUAUGAUUAACAUUUUCUUGGUUAAAUUUGUUAUGAAUAACAUCAGCUGAAACUUGAAAAAUGAUUGAAAAGAAACAAUGACGGAGUUAAAAAGAAAGGCAGAAAGCUGAGAUAAAUAUUUAUUUCUUAUUGAAGCAUGUGGAAGGAUCUCUAAGGGGAAGCGUCUAAGAAAGGUGCUAGAGGUUCAUGAAUCUAGGCUCCCUGUGGUUCUAGUAUGAGCAAGACCUGCAUGCAGACAUGGUUUUCAAUCACAUAGAGCAGAAUCAUGAUUUUGGAAACACAAAUUACGGAAUCUUGGUGGGAAAGUUAUGGCAUCUAAGCUAUUAAAAAAAGAUAUUCAAAAUGAUUUUAUUCUACGUUCAGCAUUUUCUUCAUAUUUGCCUCAAUAGUUGUGUAGUGCAAUGCACAAAUGGUGUUCAGUGGUGGUCGAAAACUUUAACCAUGAAUACAAGUUGCAAUAUGGAAACCAGAAGAUAAGUGUUAGCAUGUUGUCACAUUCCUCACAAUGUGAUCGGCUCUUCCUCGGUUUGCUGAGCUGCAUCGACUCUUUGAAAUGAGCUGCACUGACUCUUUGAAAUGAGCUGCAAGAGUUCUUUCCCUACCACACAUUUUCAUUUUUGUCUCAAGUUGGUUACGUCGUUCUCUAAACUGAAGUUCUCCACUUGUAGUCUGAUAUUCUCUAGAGCUAUUUUUUGGGGAGUAUUAUCAUUGAAGGUUUUAGCAUAGCCAAAGUUUGUUGGUUUUAUUACUCGUAAUGUAACUGCUUCUUCCUUUUUGUUAUUGGACAGUCUCUACCUCUACCCAAUUUGGCAAACUUCCUGGUUUGAAGGUGUUUUUGGCUCCCAAGUUCACUACCAAGCCUCUUUUUCCUUGUUAAUGUACGGAUGAUUUCUAGUAUGCUUUUCUUUCUACCUGUUCUUUUUCUCUGUCAAUGACCUAAAGACAUUCAAGUCAAUUUUUUGAGGAAAUGGCAUGGAAUCUAGACAUCUUGUCUAAUCCUGUCCUUUUGCUGACAGUUAGAGUGUCUGUAAAGUGCCAACUUCAGUGUGGCAUCAACAUAAGCACAUGUUACUCAGGACCUGUUUGGAUCGCAUACGUGUCCUGCAUAGCAUGUCUUGAACAGGUGAAAAUACUGGCUCUCACAGAUCAUGAUACCAUGGCAGGGAUACCUGAGGCUCUGGAGGCUGCUCGCAAGUUUGGAAUCAGGAUUAUACCUGGUGUCGAAAUCAGUACAAUGUUUUCACCCCGGGGAAAUUCUGGAACCGAGGAACCUGUUCAUAUCCUUGCAUAUUACAGUAGUUGUGGGCCUGCCAAAUUUGAGGAGCUUGAGGAAUGCUUGGUGAAAAUAAGGGAUGGACGUUUCCGUCGUGCAAAAGACAUGCUACUAAAGUUGAACAAGUUGAAAAUUCCAAUUAAAUGGGAGCACGUUGCAAGGAUAGCUGGAAAUGGGGUUGCCCCUGGACGGCUCCAUGUGGCUCGUGCAUUGGUUGAGGCUGGUCAUGUUGAGAACCUUAGACAAGCUUUCAGUAAAUAUCUUUAUGAUGGUGGACCUGCUUAUGCUAAGGGAAAUGAGCUUCUUGUAGAGGAAGCGGUCCAACUAAUAUGUCGAACUGGGGGUGUGGCGGCUUUGGCACAUCCUUGGGCUUUGAAGAAUCCCAUUCCCAUAAUCAGGAGCUUGAAAGCAUCUGGCCUUCAUGCAAUGGAGGUCUACAGGAGCGAUGGUCGAUUAGCUGCAUUCAGUGACUUGGCGGAUGCUUACGAGCUUCUAAAGCUUGGGGGUUCAGAUUUUCAUGGAAGAGGUGGCCAUGAUGAAUCUGAGUUGGGUAGUGUGAACCUUCCAGUUGUAGCGGUGCAUGAGUUUCUUACGCGAGCCCGGCCUAUCUGGUGCGAUGCAAUAAGGAGCAUCCUUCUCAGUUUUGCCGAAGAGGACCCAAAUAAAGUUUCAGAGAUUUCCAAGUUCAAAAGCCUUAAAGGGGACAUGACAUUUGAAAACACCGUCUUGAAUGAAGGUGGAGACAUGUUCACCCUUCAUCUCUCUUCUUGGUUGAGUAAUGAGGAGAGGAAGGCUGUUGAAGUUGAGGCCAUUAGAUUGAAGCUUUCACAUACUGUUAUUAGUGAGAGGGGUUUCCAUAUAACAGCUGUUAGUAAGUAACAUGCCUGGACAUUCUUUCUUCUUUUGAAAGCUGUUCUUCUCAUUAUUAUUAUCUCUCUCUCUCUCUCUGCAUGUCUAUUUGCAUGUGCAUUUUUAGAAGUAGCUAUCUAAAUUUUUGUGAAGUUACUUUUACUUGGGAUGAUGCAAUGGAAAAGGGAGCAUAUAGUAUGUGCUCUAUUGGGAGA